ACCCGUCGAACACAAUGGCGGGGAACUUGUGUGUGUGAGCGAGGGCGGUGCGCUGGUAGUACUGGUGCCGCAGGGAAAGAAGCCGAAGAGCUGCGGAGACAACCAGCUCUCAAGAGUGGAGAGGGACGUUGUGCGAGAGAAACCACCCGGGUGUACGUCCCAGAGCGGACCCGGGAGGGGUUUUCCGGGCCCGCGACGUCAGCACUGCAACGCUGUCCCAGCCGUGACGCUCCGUGGGGAGGGAUCCUGCCCAGCUCCGCGUCCAGCGCUCGCGCAGACUUGACCUAUUCGCCGGGAGACAGGGGAGGCAGGGCUUGCGAUGUCUGGACCUGUCAUUUACUCAUCCUUUAUAGUGAUGCUACAGAACAGAAAGGAAUGGAUAAAAAUAUUGGCGAGCAACUCAAUAAAGCUUAUGAAGCCUUUCGACAGGCAUGUAUGGAUAGAGAUUCUGCAGUAAAAGAGCUACAGCAAAAGACUGAAAACUAUGAGCAGAGAAUACGUGAGCAACAGGAACAGCUGUCACUUCAACAAACUAUUAUUGACAAGCUGAAAUCACAGUUACUUCUUAUGAAUUCCAGUCAAGAUAACAGUUUUGGCUAUGUUCCUCUGCUUGAAGACAGUGAAGCAAGAAAGAGUAAUUUGCCUCUUGAUCAGCCACAUGAUAAAGUAAAAUCAGGAAUACCAAGAGAAAAAGAAUUAAAGGUAAGAAGACAAGAGGUUUCUUCUCCUAGAAAAGAAACUUCACCAAGGAGUCUUGGCAUUCCUUUAUUCCAUGAAAGGGCUUAUAUAGAGAAGACUUUCCAGGAUCUAAAAGAAGAAUUUCACAGAAUAUGCAUGCUAGCAAAAGCACAAAAAGACCACUUAAGCAAACUUAAUGUACCAGCCACUGCAACUGAAACACAGUGCUCUCUUCCUGUACAGUGUACGGAUACAACAGAUAAACAAGAAGAGCUGUUUAAGCCUCAGGCUAAAGAUGAUAUAAAUAGAGGUGCACCAUGCAUCACAUCUGUCACACCGAGAGGACUGGCCCGAGAUGAGGAAGAUACCUCUUUCGAAUCACUUUCUAAAUUCAAUGUCAAGUUUCCACCUAUGGACAAUGACUCUACUUUCUUACAUAGCACUCCAGAAAGACCCAACAUCCUUGGUCCUGCCACAUCUGAGGCAGUGUGCCAGGAUAAAUUUAAUAUGGAGUUCAGAGACAACCCGGGAAACUUUGUUAAAACAGAAGAAACUUUAUUUGAAAUUCAGGGAAUUGACCCCAUAGCAUCAGCUAUACAAAACCUUAAAACAACUGACAAAACAAAACCCUCCAAUCUUGUAAACACUUGUAUCAGGACAACUCUGGAUAGAGCUACGUGUUUGCCACCUGGAAACCAUAACACAUUGUAUGUAAAUACAUUACCACUUCAGGACCCACCCGAUGCACCUUUUCCUUCACUUGAUUCCCCGGGAAAAGCUAUCCGAGGACCACAGCAGCCCGUUUGGAAGCCCUUUCCUAAUCAAGACAGUGAUAUAUCAUCGGUACUAAGUGGCACAGGCUCAGAACUGCAUAUACCUCGAGUAUGUGAAUUCUGUCAAGCAGUUUUCCCACCAUCCAUUACAUCCAGGGGGGAUUUCCUCCGGCAUCUUAAUUCACACUUUAAUGGGGAGACUUAAGAUGCAUUUGAAAACAGCUCCGUGUAAUGAUUCUAUGUGAUCAUCAGGUUCUAUGUGAUGAUCUUGGGUUUGUAAUACUAUAAAUACUUGAUUGAAAACUUA